AUGGGCUUCGAGAUCGACAGCAACGGCUCAGAUCCUGAGCUCUCCACAUCCAAAGAUGCCCACGAGGACGAGACCUUGUUGCAAAGUAGCAAUAAAGAACAACCCAAAGCUAGUCAAAAUAUCUUCGUCAGAGGAAUCAAGCGACUACUAUCAUCUCCUAAAACUCGUAUCGCUCGAGAUGUCCUCAUCGGCCUGCUCGCUCUAUGGGGUUUAAUCAGCAUCGCUCACAGUAUCGCGCUUGCAGCACGCCGUCACGCGCCACGAAAGCACUGUUAUUGCGGCAACUCCACGGCGGAAGCGAUGUCCCUUGGCUGCAAAUUUGACUCGCUAGCAGCAGCCUGGUUGCCCCCCUACUGCCGCGAUGACGAAUUAACAGCCGAGUUCGAGAGAUCGGGCCCUGGGCCGAAUGGAAGCUGGGAUUAUUUUGCCGACGACUAUCACAAGAUACCUAUGACCAUCAAGGAGGUCGCGGCCCUUGGAGAUAACCAGAGUGCGAAGGUGAUGAUGACACGGGAGUGGCAUGUGGUACAUUGUCUUUUCUACUGGAGAAAGCAGUUCCGGGUGCGGUUUAGGGAGGCGCAAGGCGGCAUUAUAGAGCCGAGCUUUGAUAGCGAGACUCAUAUUAAUCAUUGUAUUUCGGUUAUCUUGGAGGAUAGUUGGGGGACUGAGGCGAGGAUUGCGCUGGAUUCUUGA